GGUACAGCACAGACAGUAGGUAUUCAUUUCGGGGUUCUGUUAUCAGCACUGCUCUCAAAUCAAUCACCGGUGGAUUCUGUAAUAUUCUCUCAUCAACAAGCUCAAGCUUUAAGAACAGCCGAAAACUACGGGCAGCUGUUCAGUAGUGCUCGAAACAUCGUGCUUCAAGCCAGGCAUCGAAAUGAAACCAUUGUUAUUUGCUCUUGCAGUUUACCUAAUAGGAUCGCAGGGUAAAUCUAUUGUCGAAAGAGAUAAUACUCUUUGUCAGAAGGGCAAUUUAGUUUGUGAAGAUGCAACGGUGGAAGUGCAAAUCGAACAAUAUUUGGUUGAAUUCCUGGAGGAAUUCAAGCACUUCCAAACCACUAAUCAAACUUCCACAAACUUUGAUCGAUUGUUGGAUCUUAUCAAGUCCAGUCAAAUGAAAAUCACGCUAGAUGAGAUGCCCCACGCGAAAAAUACGAAACUGUGUCUGCAGUGUUUGUCAGCCAGUUACACCUUUCUCGAAAUAUACAAAGAAACUGUGGACAAGGAGAAGGCAGUUCUGGUCAAAUUGGCUAAGGAUAUUUGCAAUCUUUACAACAUGAAACCGUACAUCUGCGAAGGUCACGUUGAACUUAACGCAGAUAUGAUUCUGUACAUGUUGGAGCUAUUAGAUAACGCACUACCAACGGUGUAUAGAAUUUGUGAAAUCACCUAUCAAGGUGAAAAUUGUGUCGCUACCAGCUCGGAUGUUCUCAGUGAUCGAUAUCCGUCAGUGGAUAUUAGCCCUUCCGAGAAGGUUUUACAAUCAUCCAAAGUGUCGGUCACUGCUUCUACCGACACACCUCUGACCAUUGUUCAUCUCACCGACAUUCACUACGAUCCGGAAUACGUUGUCGGAAUCAAUGCCGAUUGUGGUUCCGGGACGUGCUGUCGCGUCGUACCGGAUCUUGAUCCGGCCGAUUCAAGUAAUGCAGCUGGAUUCUGGGGAGAUUAUCACGCUUGUGACACCCCGUGGCAUGCCGUAGUUGAUGUUAUGGACCAAAUUCGUGCCGAACAUCCCAAAAUCGAUGCCGUUUACUUCACUGGGGACAUCAUUCACCAUUUCACCUGGAAUACCACGCUGGAAACCAAUAUCGAUUCGAUGCAGAAAAUUUACCGUCUACUCAAGGAACGAUUUGCUGGGAUUCCAUUCUAUCCCGUUCUAGGGAAUCACGAAGCUCAUCCGUCGAAUAUGUACGCCCCUCACACCGUUUCUAAUACACUAAGCUCCAAGUAUUUGUACGAUCUGGUAGCCGUGGAGUGGAAAGAUUGGCUUCCGGAGGAUGUCAGUGCAACUCUCGCAGACGCGGGCUACUACACCGUACUAAGCCCUCUAGGACAUCGAGUCAUUGGCCUCAAUAAUAACUUUUGCUUCAACUACAAUCGCUGGCUUUUCCUAACCGAUAACUACUUCACCAAUCAACUUCAGUGGUUGCACGAUGUUUUGCUGGCGGCGGAGAAGGCUGACGAAAAAGUUCACAUCCUAGGGCACGUGCCUUCCUACGAUAACUACUGCUACAUCGGUUGGACCAGAGAGUACCGCAAGAUAGUGGAAAGAUUCGCACACAUCAUCCAGGGGCAGUUUAACGGCCACUCGCAUGUCGAUGAGUUCAACGUGUUCUACAAGAAAUCCGACCCUACCGCGGCGGUUAACGUGGCCUGGAAUGGAGGCUCCACUACUACCUUCUCGCAACUCAACCCCAACUACAAAAUCUUCUACGCUGAUCCCACGACAUUUGAAAUCCUCGACCACGAAUCGUGGUUGUACAACCUAACCGAAGCCAACCAACAUCCGGACCGCAAGCCGGCCUGGUUCAAGGCGUACACCUUCAAAGAGCACUACGGUUUAAGUGACCUCAGCCCAAAAUCUAUCGACGGUUUGCUAGGAAAACUUGCCGACUCCGAGGCCGAAUUGCUGCAGUAUUGGCAGCUAAAGCAGAAACUGGCCGAUCCUCUGCUGGCAGCCGGCUGCGAUCAAAGCUGCCUCCGGGAGACCUUCUGUGAUCUAGCUCGGGCCGAGUAUGGCGAUGACGCCGCCUGUGAGCGCCUUCUUGCGGCUGGUUCCCGUAAUUAAAACGCCCGAUGGCUGUCAAAGUUAACAUUCAUUUCUUUUAUUUCUCUGUAGUUCUCUACGCAUGAUGCAUGUAUAUUCCUGUGCAUUGUUUUCUAGUUUCAUUUACUGUUAUUUUAUGUUGAUUUUGAUACACCUUAAAUAAAUAUCGGCUCGUUUUUGUUCUCUGAA